CAGAGGCAGGCAGUCAACCGCGCGCAACGAGCCACCAGUGCAUCUGCUGUUGAUACGCUCGCAGUCACACACUACAGGCUUUCCAUCUUUAACGUGAGCUUUAUAGAUUGAAAUUUAAUGAGUAUGAAAUAACAAAACUGGUUAAAAUACUCAGGGGAAAGGGGUGUUUUUCCUCCAGGUGUGAUUGUUCCGCUUUUCCUCCGUUUUUUCUACGGACGUUUCUUCCUUCAUAUCUGAUCGCCCAUCAGUGGAAUGAUCUGGCUUUUAUCUUGUGUCGUUUCCACUUCACCAUGGGAACUGCCGGGUCCAAAAGGAAGACUUUAAGGACCGAUGCAAUAUCUUCUGUGGCCGCAAAAGUUAGAGCAGCCAGAGCUUUCGGAGAUUACCUGUCUCACACACACCCUGAGAACCGCAACGGAUCAGAUCAGCUUCUAUCUAAUACCUUCAUUGGCCAAGACAAAGACUCCCCUGACGUCAGUCAUCUUCACAACAACAACCUACACCCUCAGAGCCACUGUGGUGCCAAGGCCAUCCAGGACCAGUCCCAGGCCCACAGUCUCCAGUCCCAGCUCAGCACACUGCAUCCCCACCACAGCAGUAUCCAGCCCAGUACCCUGCAGCCAAGCAGUCUGCAGCCCACAGGCCCCUCCAAGCACAGGCUCUCAGCAGGGCUCUCAGCGGAGCGGAGUUUCUCCUCCGAGGAGCAGCAGCCACCUCCCAGGUCCUCUGAGGGGAGCCUGACCAGCCUGAAACCAGCUGCCCAGCGGGUCUACACCAUCACCAGGGAGGGAGGCAUGCUAGGGGGGCGAGGCAGCGAGGAGAAUCUGGAGCUGGAGGUGCUGAAGCAGCCUCUGUCCCCUCCUCCCUCCUCCAACCAGACCUCCUUUUCCAACCAACAACCACCAGGCAGCAAACAUCACCGCGGCAACAUUAGCCAUGGCCCACAGGGCCACAGGCCCAAGUCCCAGCCCCUUCAGAGCUCAGGGAGUGCCCAUAACAUCCGGGACUGGGUGGUGAGGAGGGUGGGCUCGCGGGAGGACUGCACCCCAGACUGUGUCACCUGCAUCAGGGCCCCAUGUCCGAGCCAGCGCUCCCUGGAUCUGGAGACGUCCCCGCGAGACGGAGGAAAACAGAGGAAGAAGCUAGAGAGGAUGUUCAGCCAAGACCAAGGCAGAGACAGACGAGGCUCUGCUGAGGAGAGAGAGGACAACCCUAAUAGCUGGUUCCCCAAAGAGAACAUGUUCAGCUUCCAGACGGCUACCACAACAAUGCAGGCAAUAUCAAACUUCCGGAAGCACCUGAGAAUGGUGGGCAGCCGCAGAAUGAAGGCUCAGACAUAUGCUGACCGCCGAGCCAAGAGUUUCAACCGCUCCUGGAGUGACCCCAUCCCCAUGAAGCCUGACUCUCUCCAUGGCUCUAGAGACAGUGGGGACUUGCAGUCCUCCUCAGGGGCUCUAGAUGAAGGAUCACAGGAGGAUGCAGACUGGGAGGAGGAGAGAGAGAUGGAGAGAGCAGCCUGUGAGGGAGAGGACUUCAUCCCACCCAAAAUCAUGCUGAUAUCCUCCAAGGUCCCGAAGGCUGAAUAUGUUCCUAACAUCAUCCGUAGGGACGAUCCGUCCGUCAUCCCCAUCCUUUAUGAUCAUGAACAUGCCACAUUCGAUGACAUCAUUGAGGAGAUAGAGAAGAAGCUGACGGCCUAUAGGAAAGGCUGUAAGAUCUGGAACAUGCUCAUCUUCUGUCAGGGAGGUCCGGGGCAUCUGUACCUGCUCAAGAACAAAGUGGCCACAUUUGCCAAAGUGGAGAAGGAGGAGGAUAUGAUCCAGUUUUGGAAGAAGUUGAGUCAGUUUAUGAGCAAGCUGAAUCCUGAGCCCAACCUCAUUCAUAUAAUGGGCUGCUAUGUUCUGGGGAGCGCCAAUGGAGAAAAGUCACAGUAG